CUUUAAGGAGUUCGAACCGGAAGUGUAAUGUUUGUUUGUUGCUGCUAGCUAACACAGAAGUAACUGUUAGCUGUGAAGCUUGUCAGUUGUGGUAUUACUUUGUUUUUAUGCGUGUUUUAUUCCCUUUAUACGGGCAAUAAUGACAAACAAGGAAGACGGAAAUUGUCAGUUUUAUAUCUGUAACUGUUUCACCACUGAUAAUAUUUUCCUGGAGGACUACAAGAUCCAUGUCCGCUUUUUAUCCGAGCAGCAGUUCAGACUGGAUUAUCAAACGCUGCUUAUGAGGCUUGGUUGCGUGACGGACCAACAGUUUGAGGAUGUGUUCAACAAGAUUUCACAGGAAGUGGAUAGGCGGCGGCAUCUAGGUGUGACGUCUGCUGAGAGAGCUGCUGCUAUCAAAGACACGUACCAGCCUCUCCAUCCUCACGUCUACCAUCUGCAGGAGUCCUACCUCGCACCAAAGUUCAAGCAGAUUGUUGAGUACUGUCGAAGCAGUGACAUCAGCGAAGAAGGUCUCAGAGACUUGUUGCAGGAAGAGGCAGCUCCAAGGGUUUAUCGCUUCCCUGUGUUUGAGAAAAGCUUCUGUGAGGAGCUGGUGGAGGAGCUGGAGCACUUUGAGCAGUCCUCGGCCCCGAAAGGAAGACCCAACACCAUGAACCACUAUGGGAUCCUCCUGAAUGAACUGGGCUUUGACGAGGGCUUCCUCACGCCCCUCCGUGAGCUCUACCUGCAUCCGCUCGCCUCCCUGCUGUACCCGGACUGUGGGGGACGCGGUCUGGACAGCCACAAGGCCUUUGUUGUUAAAUAUGACAUGAAUGAAGACCUGGAGCUCAGCUACCACUACGACAACGCAGAGGUCACCCUAAAUGUUUCCCUGGGCAAGGACUUCACCGAGGGCAACCUUUAUUUUGGUGAUAUGAGACAGGUGCCUUUAAGUGAGACUGAGUGUUCAGAGGUGGAACACAGGGUGACCGAGGGGCUCCUCCAUCGGGGUCAACACAUGCACGGGGCCCUGCCCAUCUCCUCCGGCCAGCGCUGGAACCUCAUCAUCUGGAUGAGAGCCUCACAUGAACGCAACCAGCUGUGCCCCAUGUGCAACAGGAGGCCGACACUGGUGGAAGGGGAGGGCUUUGCUGACGGGUUCACCAAACACACUGAAGCACCGCUGAACCAUUUGUGCGUUUUGACGUGACGUAUCCCGCUGCUGUCAGCGCUUAAUAAGGGAACUUUGGUGUCCCCAGGUUGUACAGUAAUUUCAAAAAAGACAAUGGCAGUGUUAUGUCACGGGGAAUUUGAGGACCCAAAAGCAGAGAGCAGACGAGGUAACGUUUGAUCUCAAGGAUUUAUUCACAAAAAAACAAUGUACACACCAACACAGAGAGUGCAGAAAGCAAAAAACUUCUUCCAGAAUCUUGAGAAAAACAAGAACAGGGAAUCCCACAAACAAAAGAAGUCCGAAAACCAGGAAAUAGAGACACAAGGAAAUCCAGGAGGUACAGAACUUGACUUACGGAGACCAUACACCAAUAAACAAAAACGAUCUGACACAAGACAGAGGGAACGCAGAAACUAAAUACACAGGGUAAAUGAGAAAACAAGGAGCAGGUGACACUAGGGCUGGGGAACAGGUGAAACACAUUAGGAGUGGGCAGAGUAAUCAAGAAGGCGGGCAAACACAGGAAGUAAAACUAGAAAAGACAAGGGGGAAAAACAGACUAUCAAAAUAAAACAGGAAACCGAAAUAUACACAACAAAAUAUGCACAACCACAACAGGCAGACAGCAAUGCGUGCAACUACCUCAGAUGUAUCCUGUAGGAAUGAAUGAUUUUGAAAAUGAUUUAAGUUUUUGCAACAUACAUUUUCUGUCAAUAGACAGAUAUGCUACAGUAUGAUUGUUGCAUAGUUAAUCAAGACAAAACUGGGUCAAAGCCAUUAAAUGGAACAAAUUCUAUUGACACAUUUUGACUAUAUUCCAAAUUGGAAUCAUGAAUAUUUAUUAUUUGUACUAUUAAUAAUACUAAUGGUACUAUAAUUCUGUGUUUGGUUUGGUGUGGUGUCCCAUUUUGUGACGAGUAUAUGUAUGACUGUUGUCUCAAAUAUUAGUCCAAUAUUAUCAAGCAACCCAUACUGGUGAAGCCCCCCUAUUUAUAUACAGUAUGAAAGUACUGGAUUUUGUGCCAAAGAAUAAAAAAUUAGGUUUACACCAC